AUGGUGAGUGAUCUCUUAGACAUUCAUAAUGGGAACUAUAGGUGGAAUAUUACUUUUGGGAGGGAUCUACAGAAUUGGGAAUUGGAAGAUUAUUCGCUGUUUAUGACCUUUUUACAUGAGUGCAAAUUGCCUCCUCGGGUGGCAUUCUUAUUGUGGACAGUUGUGAGGGGACAGGUCUCAACGGUGGAUAAUUUUCGACGUAAAGGCUUCUACGUACCCGAGUGGUGUUAUAUGUGCAAGAAGGAUGGGGAGAUGAUCGAUCAUUUGUUCAUUCAUUGUGAUUGUUUGAAGUACAAUAACCAUUAUUUGUUGUUUUAUGUGCCAUAUGCACUAGUAAUGGGAUCCAGACAAUGGCCACUUCUAAGGCUUGAUAUCUAUGGGUCUAUCAGAGUUGAUGGCCAAAGUUGUCAUAAGCCAACCCGGAACAGUAAUGGUACGCUCAUAGGUGGACUUGGUGGAGGUUCUGGUGGCACUAUUCUUCUUUUUCUUCAAGGACUUGCACUUGCAGAGGGUUCCUCUUUAUCUGUUGCUGGAGGCUAUGGUGGUCCACUGGGUGGUGGCGGUGGUGGUGGCGGAAGAAUUCAUUUUCAUUGGUCUAAGAUAGCCAUUGGAGAUGAAUAUGUACCUCUUGCUUUCGUAGAUGGUAUGAUGAACAAUAGUGGAGGUGCCGGGAGUGGAGAUGGUCUUCAUGGAGAGAAGGGGACAAUUACGGGAAAGAAGUGCCCCAAAGGCCUGUAUGGUACAUUCUGUACGGAAUGCCCUGUUGGAACCUACAAAGAUGUUGAAGGAUCUGAUCCAAAUCUUUGCACAGCUUGUUCCCUUGAGCGCCUUCCUAAUCGUGCUAAUUUUAUAUAUGUACGAGGCGGAGUCACCUGCUCAUCAUGUCCCUAUAAAUGUAUAUCUGACAAAUACAGAACGCCGAAGUGCUUUACACCUUUUGAGGAGCUUAUAUAUAUGUUUGGAGGUCCCUGGUUUUUUGCAUUUUUAUUGUUGGGUGUUAUUGUGCUCCUUGCUCUGGUACUAAAUACUCUUAGAAUCAAAUUGAUUGGAUCGGGACGCUCUUAUCAUAGAGAAGAUUCAGUUGAUCAUCAUGAAAAUCACCGUUUUCCUUCUCUGCUUUCCUUAUCAGAGGUUCGGGGUGCAAGAGCAGAAGAAACUCAGAACCACGUUCACAGGAUGUACUUUAUGGGUCCCAAUACAUUUAGAGAACCCUGGCACCUUUCUUACUCACCUCCCCAUGCGAUAGUUGAGAUAGUAUAUGAAGAUGCUUUUAACAGAUUUAUCGAUGAGAUAAACUCUGUCGCUGCAUACGAAUGGUGGGAAGGGUCAGUGCAUAGAAUACUUUCAGUGCUUGCAUAUCCUUUUUCAUGGUCCUGGAAACAAUGGCGUAGGAGAAAUAAACUUCAUCGCCUUCAGGAGUUUGUCAAGUCUGAAUAUGACCAUUCUUGUCUUCGCUCUUGUCGAUCACGUGCUCUAUACAAAGGAAUGAAGGUUGGGGCAACACCGGAUUUGAUGGUUGCUUAUAUUGAGUUCUUUCUUGGUGGUGAUGAGAAACGCUUAGACAUGGUAACAAGUAUACAGAAGAGGUUUCCUAUGCGAAUUGUUUUUGGUGGGGACGGAAGUUAUAUGUCACCAUAUAAUCUGCAUAGCGACGCAUUAUUGACAAAUCUCCUUGCCCAGCAUGUACCUGCAACUGUCUGGAAUCGAUUGGUAGCUGGUUUAAAUGCCCAGUUGAGGACUGUGAGGCAAGGGUCAAUUCGCUCAGCUCUGGUUCCUGUUAUCAAUUGGAUUGUAACUCAUGGAAACCCCCAACUUGAUUUCCAUGGCGUCAGAAUUGAGCUGGGGUGGUUCCAAGCGACAGCUAGUGGGUACUAUCAGUUAGGAAUUUUGGUAGUGGCUGGUGACUGUACUCUUCAAGAUCUCCACCAUUCUGAAUAUUUGGAUAGUGAUGCACCAUCUAGGUAAUAUAAUGAUUACAUAUCAAGUGUCAUG